AUGGAGGGGGUCCGCGUGUUCAUCCCGGACGAGAAGCUCGUGUGGGUGCCUGCCACUGUUCUGUCGGUGGAUUCGAGCGGGAAGGUCUUCCGUGUACGUGUGCAGCCUUUGACCGACGCCUCAGAUGCGAUCGCCGGAUAUGACCAAGACGCGCCCGCGGAGGAGCGCUCCAUCGAUCUGAACGAGGAUGGGAUGCCCGACUCGCUGCCGCUACAGAAUGGUCCGUCUGAGGGCGACGAUGAUGACACCAAGACCAAACGCAGCGUCGGAGCAGAGGACAUGUGCGAACUUGGGCACUUGCACGAGCCCGCCAUCGUCUACAACGUACGUGAGCGCUUCUACGCCAAGGAGCCGUAUACAUACACAGGCAAGAUUGUGGUGGCUGUGAACCCGUACCAGUGGAUCAAGGAGCACUACUCAGAAGAACUUCGAGACCUCUACACACAGCGCCCAUGGGACGAGAUGCCACCACACGUAUACGCGACGAGUGCCGAAGCCUUCCACCACAUGAAGCAGCACCGCAUCCCGCAAAGUAUCCUCGUGAGUGGUGAAUCCGGUGCUGGCAAGACGGAGACAGUCAAGAUCAUGAUGGAGCAUCUCGCGAGUAUCUCCAUGGGCAUUGCUAAGAGUCUGCACUCCGCCGAGAGCGGAGAGACCAUCGUGGUAGAGAAGGUGCUCAAGAGCAAUCCUUUGCUUGAGGCUUUUGGUAACGCCAAGACCAUCCGCAACGACAAUUCCAGUCGAUUCGGUAAGUUCACGCAGUUGCAGUUCAACAGCGACUACUGUCUCGUCGGGGCCGAGUGUCGCCACUAUCUGCUCGAGAAAUCACGUGUCGUGGCACAGGCUGCAGGCGAGCGUAACUACCACAUUUUCUACCAGCUCGUGAGCGCCAAGGAAGACGUUUUUGGCUUCAAGGACGACACGGCGGCCAAGGAAUUCCGCUAUUUGCAGGAUGAAAAGCUCAUUCUGGACGGCAAGACCGACCUAGAACGUUACCAGGUCACUCGCGAUGCCCUGACUACCAUUGGAUUGAGUGACAAGGAGCAGAAUGAGCUUUUCAGCGCUCUCUGUGGCAUCCUGCGUCUUGGGCAGCUCGACUUCGUGCCCUUAGAGUCCAACAAGGACGACGCUAGCCAGGCUGUAGCUUCUCUCAACGCAUCGUCGCCUUCUGGAUCGGUCACAGCGGAGCAGAUUGAGCAGCAGAGGAAUGAAAUCGAACAAUGCGCGAAGCUGCUUGGUGUGGAAGUGGCUGCGCUGAGCAAACAGCUUUGCAGUCGUACGGUCAAGGCGCGUCAGGAAGUGUACUGUGUCCCGCUGUCCGCUCACCACGCCGGCAACAACCGCGAUGCUCUGGCCAAGGAAAUCUACGCACGAGUGUUUGGUUACCUGGUGCGUCGAGUGAACCACAGCAUCUCCAACACGGGUGACAGAAGUGCAUCGACACCGUCCUACCUGCACAUCGACUUAUUGGAUAUCUUCGGUUUUGAGUCCUUCAAGCACAACAGCUUCGAGCAGUUUUGCAUCAACUUUGCGAACGAGAAGCUGCAGCAGAAGUUUACGCUGGACGUGUUUAAGACUGUACAGAAGGAGUACCAACAAGAAGGCGUGGCGUGGGAGUUCGUCAAGUACCGUGACAACCAAGACAUGCUGGACCUGCUGGAGAACUCGAUGGGGGUGAUGGCAUUGCUCAACGAGGAAUGCGUGCGUCCCAUGGGUAGCGACUUGUCGUUCGUGUCCAAGCUGGUGUCGCUACGUGAGUCCCACCCGCGUCUAGAGCGAGCCCGCCUGAGCCAAAUGCACUUCCUGCUGCACCACUAUGCAGGACCUGUGACAUAUGAUGCGGAAGGCUUUGUCGAGAAGAACAAAGACUCUCUCCAGACCGAUCUACUCGAGCUUCUGGGCACGAGCUCCAAUGGGUUGAUGUCGAUGGUAUUUGGCGAUGACAACAACACAGCAUUCAUGACGGACGCGGAUUUGGCUGUUCGUGCCGCAACCAUGAUGGAGGCGGGCCGACGCAGUACGGUAAGCCGGAAAACGUCUACGUUCAUGCAAGAAACCGUGAGCUACAAGUUCAAAGCGCAAUUGUCACUACUGAUGAGCGACAUCUCCAGUACCGAGGUGCACUAUGUCCGCUGCAUUAAACCUAACUCGGAAAAGAGCCCCAACAUCUACGAAAUCGGUGCGGUAGUAAACCAGCUUCGGUGCGCCGGUGUCGUGGAAGCUAUUCGUAUCACACGCGCCGCGUUCCCGAACAAGAUGGCUCACGAGAAAUUCCUGCGCCGAUUUGUGAUGAUGAGAAGCAAGAAGGAAUCAACUCUGGCCAAAGACUCUACGACUGUUGCUGAGGCUUGUGAACAGCUCGCUGAGGACCUGCUGAGUGGUGACGCCUUCGACCGGACGCAAGAAGGCAGCGAGCACUCCAGAACGCCCACUUUCGUGGUCGGCAAAAGCCUGGUCUACUUCGGUAAGGAUGUGCUGGAAUUCCUGGAGCACAGACGCACAACGUUCGUGCACGACCGAGCAAUUAUGAUUCAACAGGCUGCACGGCGAUGGAUGGCACGUCGAAGGAUCAAGAAGGUUCGCACCGUGAUCUCUAAACUUCAAGCACUUCAUCGCUGCCGGAUGCAGCGCCAAUCGUAUCUGGAGAAGCGUAGGAAGUGCAUUAUCGUGCAGAGCGUGUGGCGUGGCGUCCGCUCGCGCCAAGGUGUGUACCUGAUGAUGAAAGAGAAAAGCGCGAUCAAGGUCCAAACCGCUUAUCGCAAGUAUCUUUCGGAAAAGAAGUAUGUCAAGUUCCGUGGUGCUGUCAUCAAGAUUCAGUCGACCUUGAAGAUGAAGAAGCAAGUGGGCAAGUAUCAGCGGCUUUUGUCAGAACGGAAGGAGCAGGAUGCUAUGGAGACUGAAGUGGAGCUGCUGAAACAUCGUCUGGAAGAUGAAAAACGUGCUCGCAUGGAGAUUGAAGCUGAGAACUCGUCGCUGCAGCAGGAACUGAACCAGGUUCGCAAUUCGUCGGUGCCGAGUGCGAGCAGUAGCAUUUACGACAGCGAAGCUCCUCCUCAGUCCCGGAACAGUAUGCGAUCGAGUAGGAUAGAGCGUGAGUCUAUGGACGAUGGCAAGCUGCUGGACGACUCGGAGCGUAUGAUCGAUUACCUGCGGAAGGAGGUUACCAAGGGCCGUGAGCUCAUCCAGAUGUUGACCCAGGAGAACGAGAAUCUGAAGGCUGAGAACAAGAAAAUCAAGGAUGCGUACACGGCUGCUGGAGCAUCGUUCGCUGCGCUCAACCAGCACAACAAGCAGCAGUCGAAGGCCAACCUGCGCCUUAUGAGUACGCACGCAGCUUUGAUAAAAUCUCAGGAGGAGAAGAUGAAGAAGUAUAAGAAGCAGGUGGCUGAGUUGAAGGAAGAUCUGAGGAUGCAGCGCUCCGUGUACUCUGCGGAGCUCAAGGCCCGUGUACAGCAACAGGAUUUACUGCUCGACAUCAUCAACCUGGCGGAAUCCGAUGGUGUCUCGGAGGGUCUACUGGAGCGCAUGCGAGCAAUGGUACAGGACUCGAAGCCCUCCUCGUAUGACAACGGACGGCGUAGCAGCGAGUUUAUAACUCGUCGAUCCUCGGAGAGCGAGCACCGUGACCACCGAUCGGAUACGGCGACUUCAAUGGGGCCUGUGCCUGUUUCGGUGUCUGUCAGCGCAAACCCGUCUCGCAAUGAACGCCGUGCGACUCUAGAUACGAUAAUGAACAACCCGGUGCAACAGGGAGUGUCGCCUCACGCAGAAGGCAUGAGUCCUCCUGAACGCGGGAGUCUCAACCGAAGCAGUCUCAACGGAGAGGAUGGCCACCGGAAGUCGCGCAUCGGAGGCAUGUUCAAGAAAAUGUUCAAGAAGGAGGAAAAGGAAUGA